UAGCUUCCUGCGGUAUUGUGGUUUCAAGACACCUGGGGAAAUGGCGGACUGCUCGGCACUGCAGUUCGUCAGCCCUUAUGCUUUUGAAGCCAUGCAGAAAGUAGACGUCGUGCGCUUAGCGGCCCUGAGUGAUCCAGAGCUCCGGUUGUUGCUGCCUUGCUUGGUGCGGAUGGCCUUGUGUGCCCCGGCAGAUCAGAGUCAGGGCUGGGCCCAGGACAAAAAGCUGAUCCUUCGCUUGCUUUCUGGAGUGGAAGCUGUCAACUCCAUCGUAGCCUUGCUGUCUGUGGAUUUCCACGCUUUGGAACAGGAUGCCAACAAGGAACAACAGCUUAGGCAUAAGCUUGGAGGGGGUGGUGGCGAGAGCAUCUUGGUGUCUCAGCUGCAACAUGGCCUCACCCUGGAGUUUGAACACAGCGAUUCUCCACGGCGCCUCCGUCUUGUGCUUAGUGAACUGCUGGCAAUUAUGAACAAGGUGGCUGAGGCCAACUGUGAGUUUUUUUUCAAGUCGUCGGAGCUGUUUGAGAGCCCUGUUUAUUUGGAAGAAGCCGCCGAUGUCCUCUGCAUCCUCCAAGCAGAACUCCCAUCGCUCUUGCCUAUUGUGGACGUGGCUGAAGCUCUGCUGCAUGUGAAGAACGGCGCUUGGUUCCUCUGUCUCUUAGUGGCCAAUGUUCCCGACAGCUUUAACGAAGUGUGCAGGGGCUUGAUCAAGAACGGCGAGCGGCAAGACGAGGAAAGCUUUGGAGGCCGCCGCAGGACAGAGGCUCUUCGCCAACUCUGCAAGAUGAACCCUGCCCAGGCGCUGAGGGUCCGAGGCAUGGUGGUGGAAGAGUGCCACUUACCUGGACUUGGUGUUGGUUUAACUCUGGACCACACCAAAAACGAGUCUUCGGAGGACAGUGUCAGUGAUCUCGUCUGCUUUGUCAGCGGCUUGCUGCUGGGGACCAACGCUAAAGUCCGGACUUGGUUUGGGACUUUUAUCCGGAAUGGGCAGCAGAGGAAGAGGGAGACGGUCAGCUCGGUGCUCUGGCAGAUGCGUCGUCAGCUGCUCCUGGAGCUGAUGGGGAUUCUGCCCACUGUCCGCAGCAUGCAUGUGCCGGAGGAGGCGGAGGCGGACAUGGAGCCCAAUGUCUCUGUGUACUCGGGGCUGAAGGAGGAGCACGUGGUCAAAGCCAGUGCCCUCCUGCGUCUCUACUGCGCUCUGAUGGGCAUCGCGGGGCUGAAGCCGACGGACGAGGAGGCUGAGCAGCUGCUCCAGCUCAUGACCAGCCGCCCCCCGGCCACUCCAGCCGGCGUCCGCUUUGUCUCGCUCUCCUUCUGCAUGCUGCUGGCCUUCUCCACGCUUGUCAGCACUCCUGAACAGGAGCAGCUGAUGGUGAUGUGGUUGAGCUGGAUGAUCAAAGAAGAAGCUUAUUUUGAAAGCACUUCUGGGGUAUCAGCCUCCUUUGGCGAGAUGCUGCUCUUGGUUGCCAUGUAUUUCCAUAGCAACCAACUCAGCGCUAUCAUCGACUUGGUCUGCUCUACUCUGGGGAUGAAGAUUGUUAUUAAGCCGAGUUCUCUGAGCCGCAUGAAGACCAUCUUCACGCAGGAGAUUUUCACGGAACAGGUGGUCACAGCUCACGCAGUCCGUGUGGCCGUCACGGGAAACCUCAGCGCCAACAUCACCGGAUUCCUGCCCAUUCACUGCAUCUACCAGCUUCUCCGGAGCCGCUCUUUCACUAAGCACAAAGUCUCCAUCAAGGACUGGAUUUAUAGGCAGCUGUGUGAAACCACCACUCCGCUCCAUCCUCAGUUACUCCCCCUGAUCGAUGUCUACAUCAACUCUGUCCUCACACCGGCAUCAAAAUCCAACCCGGAAGCCACAAAUCAGCCAAUCACAGAGCAGGAGAUCUUGAAUGUUUUUGAAGGACUAAUGGGGGGAGAGAACGCUCGCCUGAAUCAGCGUUACGGAAUCACAGCCCAACUUCUCGUCCUAUAUUACAUUCUGUCUUAUGAAGAGGCAAUCCUAGCCAGCUCCAAGACCCUGGCUGCCAUGCAGAGGAAACCCAAGUCUUACUCCCCGGCGUUGAUGGACCAGAUCCCAAUCAAGUAUCUCAUCCGUCAGGCCCAAGGGCUGCAGCAAGAGUUGGGAGGCUUGCAUUCGGCCCUCCUCCGCCUCCUGGCCACCAACUAUCCCCACCUUUCCAUUGUGGAUGACUGGAUUUGUGAGGAGCACAUUACAGGGACGGAUGCUUUGCUGCGCAGGAUGCUGCUGACGGACGCGGCCAAGAAACACUCCCCCAAGCAGCUCCAGGAGGCAUUUUCAGCGCUGCAAGCAAAUCACACGCAAGUGCUGCAGAUUCUGGAGCAUUUGACGCUCCUCUCGGCUGGAGAGCUGAUCCCUUACGCAGAGGCACUGACAUCCAACAUGAACCAGCUGCUCUACCCGGGAAUCCCUCGUCGAAUCCUUCAGACCGUCAACAGGCUUUGGAUGGCCUUGAACACUGUAAUGCCUCGGAGGUUGUGGGUGAUGACGGCGAACGCCUUGCAGCCGUCCAACAACGUGGUCAGACAGCAGAAAUACACUCAGAAGGACCUGAUGAUUGACCCCUUGAUUGUGUUAAGAUGUGACCAGAGAGUCCACAGGUGCCCCCCUCUGAUGGAUAUCACUCUCCACAUGCUGAACGGCUACCUUCUUGCGUCGAAAGCCUUCCUGAGUGCCCAUCUCAAGGAAACGGCGGAUCAGGACAUCAGGCCAUCCCAAAACAACUUGAUGGGCUUGGAGGCCCCAGAAGUCACCCGGGAAGAACUGAAAAAUGCCUUGCUGGCUGCCCAGGAUAGCGCUGCCGUCCAGAUUCUUCUGGAGAUCUGCUUGCCUAUGGAAGAAGAGAAGCCCCUGAUCAACAACAGCUGUGGUCGGCAGCAGAAGGGCAUCCCAGGAGCUGCCAACUCCAGCCCUCGGAAGAAGAAACUGAAAGAAGAGGAGGAGGAGGAGGAGAUGGAGGUGGAGGGAAAUGGGGAGAAGGAAGAGAAGAGUCUCCUCUGCAACCUGCGGGAGGUCCAGUGCCUCAUCUGCUGCCUCCUGCACCAGAUGUUCAUUGCCGACCCCAACAUCGCCAAGCUAGUUCACUUCCAGGGGUAUCCGUACGAGCUGCUUGGUCUGACAGUGGCGGGCAUCCCAUCCAUGCACAUCUGCUUGGACUUCAUACCUGAACUGAUUGCUCAGCCUGAACUGGAGAAACAGAUUUUUGCCAUCCAGUUACUUUCUUACUUAUGUAUUCAGUACGCUCUGCCGAAAUCCCUCAGUGUGGCCCGUUUGGCUAUCAAUGUCAUGGGGACGCUGCUAACAGUUUUAACUGAGGCAAAGCGCUACACCUUUUUUGUCCCCACCCUGCCCUGCCUGGUCUCAUUCUGCCAAGCCUUCCCUCCUCUCUAUGAGGAUAUCAUGUCCCUGCUCAUCCAGAUCGGGCAGGUUUGUGCUUCGGACGUCGCCACAGAGACGAGGGAUUUUGACCCAAUCAUUACGCGUCUCCAGCAACUAAAGGAGAAACCAUACGAGCGAACAAGACUUCACAAAGAGCCGGGUCAUAAAACUGGACCGGGAGACACUAGCAGCUUGGACCCCAACGUCCAGCUAUGCCAGUGUAUUGAAAAUACUUUCAUCGAAAUAAUUAACAUGAGUGUCGGCGGAGUUUAAGGUGUGCCCAAAAUGGAAAGGGCCAUUGCUGGGUACUUGGUAGCGGAUGCUGACUUCUGGUUGGUAAAUUCCAAACUGAAGCUUUCCAGGCUAAAGUGAAGCUACGAAUUGGCUUGGAAGGAAACUGUAUAUUUUUCAUUAGCUUUGGCUUUAAUGCAAAGUUGUGGAUGCAGCAGACAAACGCCGCUUUCAGUGAAAGCAUCUUAAGGUUUUUGCAGUGGUCUCCGUGUCAGCUCCUUCCGGAAUCCAUAUUUGGUGGUUUUUCGAGGUGAGAGGCUUGCAAAAGCUGACCUAGUGUGUGUUCGUGAAAUGGAGAAAUUGCUACCCUGCCAUUUUCUACUUCUUCAGUGUCUCAGAUGGUUCUCUUCUGCCCUGCGUCCUGAGUUAAAGCCGAACUACAGUCUGAAAUCUGUGGGACAACUUCCAUUCAAGCAGAUUCUCCAGAGGUGAAGGCUGGUUUGUGAAAUGAACAAGGAGAGUUUGAAAGGAACUGGGGAGAGAGAAAUAGAGAGAUGCAACUUUUUUGAUUGCUUAAUAAAAGUCUGCAUGUAGUGGUAGGCCCCACUGGGUCAGUUUUGGUGGGGGUUUCUUUCCUGUUGCCCCUAUUUGCUUGCUCAGAGCCAGCUGAGGUUUGAAAGUCCCAGAGUGGUCAGCAAGGGGUUUGUUUUUUUUAAAGGGGGCAGUAGGAAACUCUUGAUCAAUGCAACAAACAGAUUUUUGCCGUCACCUGAAGUGGCUAUGUGGUGGUUGGCUGAGACUGUGAAGUUCUUCUUAGCCAUUAGGAGGGGCAGCAGGUGAGUAGAUGGGUCAGCUGGCAAUUUUCCAUUUCUCAGAUUUUGCACCCAGGUCCCCAGCUGUCUAUGACUCCCUCACAACUAAUGCUUUGUUUCCUAGUCAAAUUUCCAGUUUUAAGUACCAACAUUUUAUAGUAUCUUUGGCAAACGUGACUUUUGCUGCAGAUUUUUCUGGGGGAGGGGGGAACAAACCCUAAAAUCAUGUUUUUAAAAGCACUGUGUGAACUUGGCUGUUCAAUAUGUUUAGAGAUGCCUGCGUGGGGGGAAGUACCAAAAGCAGUUUUAUUGAAAUGCAUUUUUAUUGUUGUGAUGUUGCUGUGUCAAAAAUAAGUUCUGAUAAGUGUUCAGGUAGCACAGAGCUAAGCUCAGUUUGUUUUGGGGGUUUUUUUAAUCUCAGUACGGCUUUUAAGGAAAGAUGUGGGGUGUCUUGACUCUCUUAUGGUGUGCUAAUUCUCAGAGUGUAAAAAAUGGACAUACGAAGCCUGAAGCAAUGUUCAUGUUUUUCCUCGCCAUGAAAGGGGAGCAAAUAUUUCUGAAGUGAUCCUUUUGUAAGUCAAGAACCCUCAAGUUUUUAAUCCUGGUUGAUUUAGGUAAAAAGAAUUGCAUCUCAGAUGGCUGUUUCAGUGGUCCAGUUAGGAAGUCCUUCACAUAUCCUGCUUAUUAUUAUUAUUGCUUAGAAGUUACCAUUUUAGUAGCGAAAUGCCUCUCCCUGAUAAUCAGGUGCAAUCUUCCAAGUACAUAUGCAUAUCUCUACCGUUUUCUGUGUGUGUUUUUGUGCAAUGGCUUGGUUUGGCCGUCACAUUUAAACUCUUGUUAAAAAUAAACUCUGGCAUAAUGUUAAGGAACAGCAUCCUGGGGCACCCUGCUCCAAAGUCAUUGCCUCUGCUCCAUCCUGCUCCUGCUGCACCAGGAAAGAAAGAAACCAGAGACUGGCUUCAUGCCAUGUGCUAACCAGUGCUUACAGUUUUUCCUUUCCAAGCUAAGUUUUGUUAUUGGCUUACUGUUUGCAGUUUGUUUGAGGGAAACAAGGCUGCGAGUGCUGGUUUCCUCCCCGAUGGAGGAACAGAAUGGAGACUUUUAAGCAGAGCACAUACCACCACACUCCUUGUUCAUGUGAAAUAGUUUACUUUUAACCAUGGUUUAGUGGGACAUCCAAGGCAGUCAUUGAAUGCAGAAGAGCCUUCAUGGUUCAUGCACACAAAAGGGGUUGGAUGUUGCAAUUAUAUGGUAUAGGGAUCAGUCAGUGUAGGGCAAAGAGUCAAAACUGCCUCUGUCCUCUUCAAAGAUGGUCAGUUGCCUCCUGUUUGAUUUUAAAAUUCUUCAUCACUGUUGUUUAAUUCUUCAGUGAAACCACCAGGUUGAUCCUGACAGUGGUGUUCUGAAACUUCCUUUGGCUACAUUUUCGGCUGAGGUUAUAUUGUAUCCAGCUAAAUCCUACUCAGAGUAGACCCACUGAAAUUAAUGAGCCUAAGUCAUGUCUAUUAAGUGGGUCUACUCUGCAUUGGAUAAAACCCAAUUCUAUAUGCCAGUAUUACCUUCUUAAAAUACAGUUUUAAAAUAUUUUAGCCGGCUGUAAGAGAGUGAUUUCUUAGACUGUUGUAAAAUAUGUACAUAUGUUUUCAUGUCUUCUGGUUUUCUUAGGCUUGUAAUAUUUUUAUAUACCAUUGGGAGCAUUUUAUUUCAAUGAAGACCCAGUGGACAUUGUGCGUUUCUUAUAAACAUUUGUACUGUUCCA